UAUUCCUGCCGCGUCCGAAGCUGUCGCGAAGGCGGCGCUGCCGGUUCARCGGCCACAGCAUCACCUACCUUGGCCCCCGCCUAUCCCGGGGCUGCGUCACAUCGCGCUAGUUAGGGGGAGUGUUAAUGUGCGGGCUAUAGUGCACAUCUGGUUCUGCCGGUGCUGCUGGAAACAGCCGAAUGGUGGAGAAAGCGAGAAGGGGCGAAGGGCGCAGCGAACCGSGCGGGAACACAAACACCCGAGCGGCGGAGAUGGGCGGAAAGCGGCCACAGGGCGGGUGAAUCCGAAGCGCCAAUCGCCUCUGAGCGGGGUGCAGAGCCCGCCCGGAAGUGCUAGSGCAGACACCGAGAUGGCGGCGGUAGAGGAGGGUUCUGCCUGCGGGCUCUGCUGUGCAUCCGCGCCSCCCUACACGUGCCCGCGCUGCCACCGCCGCCUCUGCUCCCUGCGCUGCUACCGCGCCCACGGCCCCUGCGCCGAGGCCUUUUACCGCGAUCAGGUUCUUGAGGCGUUGCGYGCUGAGCGCUGUUUUCCCCAGGGCCCCGCGCUGCCCGGGCUGCGCGAGCUACGAGAGCCCCGGGAUCCAGGGCGGUCUAGAGACCGCGGUCUGUGGGAGCAGCUCAGCGAGGCGGAACGCGAAGGGUUCCGCCGGCUGGUGAGUUCCGGGGAGGUCGCGGCGCUGCUGCCGCGGUGGCGGCCGUGGUGGUGGCGGGGGCGGAGGAGAGUGGAAGAGCUCGGGGACGGCUCGGAGGCCGGUGAGGAGGAUGAAGAGGGCCCCGAAGGUCGGCCUGGUCUCGCCCCGCCCGUCCCGAGCUCGGUGCCCCCGCUGAGCGCCUUCCGCGCCGCGCCCCCGUCCCCCUUGGUACGGUUCCAGUUGCCGAACGCGCUGUUCGGUUACGUCUUCGCGCUGAGCCUGCACGGUGGCGACGAGACGCUGCUCCCCGASCUCCCCGACGCCGCCGUAGCCGCCUCGGCCGCGCUCCGCGACCGCCACCCCUUCUGCAGCACGGCCGAGGCUCUUCUGAGCGCCCGGCGCGACGCCCGGUCCGCGGGACUGCCCCUGAGCCCCCUCGGCGACAGCGGGGCGCUUCUGGCCGUGGCGCAGCUGCUGGAGGGUCGCGAUACUCGCGACCCCGGCGCCGACGUUGCGGCGGCUUUGUGGCAUUUGUGGCGGCUUCUGAGGGCGGGAGCACGGGCGCUGCCGCCCUCCGAGCGGGGCCGAUUUCGUAGGGCCCGCAGGAAGGUCGGGUUCCUGCUGAGCUGGAGCCGGGGCGCCACCAAAGAGCUCGCCCAGCUUGCCCGGGAGGCGCGGGGAGUUCAUGCCGAGGUGGCCACGGAGGAGGCGGCAGUGGCGGAAAUCAGGGAGGGGCUGGAGAGGGUCUGGGGAGGCCCCCGGCCACCUCCCGGGAAGGGGCAGGUGGAGGGGGGCCUCUGGGUGGUCAAGGAGGGGCUGGAGGGAGCUGAAGUGGUUUUCAGGGGUCCCGAGCAUCACACAGGCCUCAGUACCAAUGAAGGGGUUCAGGGUCAGCAGCUGAUCGAGGAGCUGGACUAA